AUGAAAAUUAUCAAUACCAUUUUGAAUAUUGUCCUUUUAGCGGGAACAUGUUUGUUAUUGUUGCUCGUCAUCUUAUCGGGGGCUUCAGACAACUUCCCAUUGAAUAAGUUCUACUGGAUUAAGGCUGAUACAUCGCUGAUUUCUGGUGCUCCAAGCUCUGCCGCAUGGACUUUCUGGGGUGUUUGUGAAGAAAAGGAUUUCAGCAAAUGUUCACUGGGUCCAGCAUACCCAAUUUCACCAAAGGAUAACUUUGACACAACCAAAAAUGUGCCAAAGGACUUUGUUGACAACAGAAACACCUACUUCUACUUGUCGAGAUUUUCAUUUGCAUUUGCUCUUGUGGCCAUUGGUUUCGCUGGUAUCGCCCUUAUUGUUGACUUGCUUGCAUUCUGUUUCCAAGUUAUCGACAAGGUUGUAGUUGCGUUUGUCGCAUUUGCGUUGUUCUUCAUUGCUGCUCUUGCUGCUUUCCAAACGGCUGUUGUGGUGUUGGCCAGAAAUGCCUUCAACCAAAACAACAUGCACCCUGAUGUUGGUCUCAAAUUGUUGGCUAUCACCUGGGCCGCAGUGGUUUGUAUUUUGCUUGUUUUCUUCAACACCUGUUUUGCUAACAUCUCCAACUCCUACAAGAAACACAUGUCCAGAGUUAGAGAAAGCCAAGGUGUCAACGACACCUCUGGCCCUGUCGCCACCCAGGGUGAUGACUCUUCUUUCACCAGAGCUAAUGCUGGUCCUGUCGACCCAGAAACUAGAGAAGCUGACAAUGGUGGCAUCAGAUUUUUCAAGAUUAAGAGAAAUAACCAAAAGAUCUCCGAUGAUGAAAGCAUCUAA